CACCACUAGCGACUGCCUUCGAAUUUCGUACAUGCUCUCAUCCAAAUUAGAAGUCUAGGAUACCAAACGAGCACCUGGAACACCUCCAACUUAUAGUGAACACUUGCAUGGUCAGGAAGUUGAUCAAUACAGUGACUAUCCUACCAUUGCAGUCAUGUGCGGUUCAGACAUCUUCCUUGCGAUUCUCGCUGUUUUCUUCCCUCCUGUGUCGGUGUGGAUCAAAGUAGGCAUCUGCACGGCCGAUUCCAUUAUCAACCUUGCUCUCUGCUGCCUCGGCUACGUGCCCGGACUUCUGCAUGCCUGGUACAUUAUACUCAAGUAUCCCGAACCAGAUUAUGAUGAUCCUAGCUACGAACCUCUUCCUGGCGAUGCCGAAAAUGGUCGCGUAACAUAUUACUAUGUUUCCAACCAACCGAUUCAGCACCCUUCCCAGAGGGGCUACGGUACUGUACCCUCGCAGCAACCCCAAGCACCAAAAACUCAGUCGCAGAACCGGCAACCGGCUCCUAACCAGCCCCAUGAACAAGCCCAAGCUAGCAGCAGCAGCCAGGACCAAGCUGACAGUCGCCCACCUCCUACCUAUGCUGAGGCCGUGAAGGGAGAUCAUAAAGUGCAGGACUGAGUGGCCGGAGCAAAGGAAGGCCUGCCUGACUACAUAUACUACGCUAUGGACCAUUUGCUGUCCGAGAUGCUGGUCUAUGAGAGUUCGCUCGGUCAUAUGUCCCAUUGGGUUCCUUGUCUAUGGAUCCGAUCGCAGGAUUCGUGGUCGUAGAGCAAACUGCGACCACGCAUAAUGACCCUGCUCCUCAUGUAUUUGUCUACACCAUUCUAUCCUUACAUUUCCUUCGUAUCAGCGGGCUAGGGCACCAGGAGGGUAAUAUCAGAUUCUGUUUUCAACCUGUUAUCGUACCAAUAAAAUAACCACAAGAAAACGAUCCACAAUAGGUUUAGUAUAGCAAAUAAUACCAACCCAGUACUCUCAAC